UGGGUGGGAAGAAAGGUUAUCUACAUGGGUUACAUAUUGUCUCACAGCUGCACUGCAGACGUUCCAGUAUCCCGCCCUCUACCCUGUUCUUUUUUGUUUCUCGGAGAAUGGCCGUUCCUGUCUUUAAUCUCGCUCCUGAUCUCAAAGUUUCAAGGCUCUGCUUCGGUACCAUGACUUUCGGCGAGCAGAACUCUCUAUUUCAGUCAUUUCGCCUCCUUGACCAAGCUUUCGAUGCCGGCAUCAACUUCUUCGAUUCUGCCGAAAUGUACCCAGUGCCUCAACGUGCUGAGACUCAGGGGAGGAGCGAGGAAUACCUUGGCCGUUGGAUCAGAAACCGGAAGAUUGCUCGGGACCGUGUAGUUAUAGCUACGAAGGUUGCUGGACCAUCUGGGGAAAUGACUUGGAUACGAGGCGGACCAAAGUGUUUGGAUGCUAAAAAUAUUAUAGAAGCAAUCGAUGUUAGCUUAAAGCGGAUGCAAACGGAUUUCAUUGAUAUUUACCAAAUCCAUUGGCCUGAUCGGUAUGUUCCAAUGUUUGGACAAACAGAAUAUAAUCCAUCCUGGCAGUACUCUUCAGUUUCUUUAGAAGAACAACUUUAUGCACUCAACAAAGCUGCUGAUGCUGGUAAGAUCAGAUACAUUGGCCUCAGCAAUGAAACACCGUAUGGUGUUAUGAAAUUUGCACAUAUUGGUGAAAGAUAUACCCACCUUCCAAAAGUUGUAUCAUUGCAGAACUCGUACAAUUUGCUCUGUCGAAGUUUUGAUUCUGGCCUGGCUGAAUGUUGUCAUCACGAGAGAAUCAGUUUAUUAGCAUACAGUCCCCUGGCAAUGGGCAUACUUUCUGGGAAGUACUUUUCUCCUGAAGGCGGUCCUGGAGAUGCUCGGCUUAAUCUUUAUAAAGGGAAAUAUUUAGAAGGGGAAUCUAGGUACAACCUAACCAAUAACGUCAUUAGAACAGCUACCAUGGAAUAUGUUAAGGUUGCUAAGAAAUAUGGCCUUCAUCCAGUCUCUCUAGCAAUUGCAUUUGUUCUCAGGCAUCCCCUUGUAGCAAGUGUUGUUUUUGGAGUUACCAAGUCAUGGCAGCUCUUGGAUAUUCUCAAUGCAGUUAAGGUUGAGCUCACACCUGAACUAGUUUCUGAAAUAGACAAAAUUCAUUCAAGGUUUCCCAAUCCAUGUCCCUGAUUGGAAAUUUAUGCUGUAAAAAGUUUGCUCUCGUUAAAUAACGAGUGAAACAAUAAGGGAGGUUCCUCUCUGUCUCGUGACAGAUGUAUUUUCUGUAUCGUUUUCUAUGUUCCGUUAUAUUUGGUCUGUUUUGUAACGCUAUUGACUUGUGACCAAAAGUCACCAACCCUAGACAACUUUUGUGUCAAAUUUCUUCAAUUAAGUUUAAUUAAAGCUUUUGAAUAUAUUCUUAA